UCCUCCACUAAUAGACAGUAGCCCACAGUUUUAAAAGUAGACACUGUAAAACAUUAUUUUUCACUUGUUUUUUUGGGUGGAGAUCACACUGUAACAGCAUGUGAUUUGUGUGUGAAUGAGAGAGAGAGAAUCACAAUUUUAUAAAUGAGCAAACUGCAAAUAUCUAUCUACCCGCACAGUCAAGGUAGAGCAGAGAAAUAUGAGAGGAAUUCUUUCUGUCAUCCAGUUCCUCCUCUUCUUGGGCCUUGUGCACCAUUCACAAGGCCAAGCUAACAUCACUGGCUACACCUGCUCGGCCAACCAUUCCAUCUACCCUUGCCACACCUACGUCUUCUACCGAGCCAGGUCUCCCGACUUCCUCGACCUCGCCACCGUCGGUGACCUCUUCGGCGUCAGCAGACUCAUGGUUGCAGAAGCCAGCAAUAUCUCCUCCCCAGCUUCUCCUCUCGUCCCUGACCAGAGCCUCUUCGUUCCCAUAACUUGCUCUUGCGACUCCAAGUACAAUCUUUCCUAUGCCAACAUCACCUACACCAUCGAGAAAGAUGAUACCUACUACCUAGUUUCCACCAAUCUCUUCCAGAAUCUUACCACUUAUCAAUCCGUCAUAGUUGUUAAUCCUACCCUCAUUCCUGAAGAUCUCCAAAUUGGGGUUCAAGUUAAUUUCCCGAUCUUCUGCGGAUGUCCCAACAGUACCCAACUGCAGAACAAGAUCAAUUAUCUCAUCACUUAUGUUAUCCAACCUUCUGAUACCUUUGCUUCAAUAGCUCAGAAGUUCGGACUAAAAGAACAGUCUUUAAGAGACAUAAAUGGAGGGACCAUUUAUCCUAACCUUACAAUCUUCCUACCGGUGUCUCGACUUCCUGAGCUAUCACAGCCUUCUAUUGCUCCUUCUGCUAGUAUUUCACCUUCUACGACCAGAGAUAGGAAGGGGCUUAUUACUGGGUUGGCAAUUGGGUUGGGAGUUGCAGGUUUUCUGUUGAUUCUACUACUCCUGGUUAUGGGCUUCUGGGUUUACCGAGAGGUUCUGUUGAAGCGGGGCUAUGAAAUAGCAGAAGACAAGGAGAAGUCCAAGUUUAAGAAAGGGGGGAUGUUAGAGGGGGAUUUCAUGGCUGAUGUUUCUGAUUGCUUGGACAAGUACAUAGUCUAUGGGGUUGAAGAAGUGAGGAAAGCGACUGAUGGGUUCAACCCAAGUUGCUUGAUUCAAGGCUCUGUGUACAAAGGAAGCAUAGAUGGAGAAGUCUAUGUCAUCAAGAAGAUGAAGUGGAAUGCCUGGGACGAAUUGAAGAUCCUACAAAAGGUCAACCAUGGCAAUCUGGUGAAGCUGGAGGGCUUCUGCAUGGACCCUGAAUAUGGGAACUGCUAUUUUGUCUAUGAAUAUGUGGAGAAUGGAUCUCUUCAUUCAUGGCUUCAUGGAGAAAACAAUAAGAGAGAGCUGGACUGGAAGACGAGGCUAAGAAUUGUCAUUGAUGUUGCAAAUGGUCUCCAGUACAUCCAUGAGCACACAAGGCCAAAGGUUGUGCAUAAAGAUAUUAAGACUAGUAAUAUUCUAUUAGAUGGAAACAUGAGAGCUAAGAUUGCCAACUUUGGACUAGCAAAAUCUGGCUACAAUGCGAUAACCACGCACAUUGUGGGCACUCAAGGUUACAUUUCACCUGAGUAUCUUGCCGAUGGGAUUGUAACAACAAAAAUAGAUGUUUUUGCCUUUGGAGUGGUUCUACUUGAGCUAAUUUCUGGUAAGGAAGCAAUUAAUGAGGAAGGGAAGCUUCUCUGGAUGGAACUCAAUGCAGUUAUGGAAGGAAAUGAAGAUGAGAAGGAGCGGAAAUUGAAGGCGUGGAUGGAUAGCUGUCUUGUUGAGGAAUCAGGCUCGAAGGAGAGUGUGAUGAACGUAAUGGCUGUUGCCCAAGCAUGCUUACAGACAAACCCUUCUAAGCGCCCAAAUAUGGUUGAUAUUGUUUACAUGCUAUGUAAGAGUGAUGCUUUGUCCUUGGACUUCUCAGUAGAUAGCUUAUCUUUUGCUACUUUAACAGCCAGAUGAUACUUGAGAGAUCUAUGGCUUUUCUCCUUCCUUGAUUAAUAAGAGAAAGCAGAUAGCUUUUUCUUUUUUUUUUUUUGUCUGUUGUAAAUUUUGGUAUAAAAACAAGAAAACAAGAUUCAUGUAGCUGACCCAGAUGAUGAUGAUGAUUAUGAUGGAUGUAGAUAGUCUGAUAUCAGCAUUUAUGGUACUUAUUAUUUUCUA